AUGCGCAACACGAUGGCCAGGUUUCUUUUUGUUUUCGGCAUUCUAGGACUAUGGACACAAGCAGGCUGCGGGGAAAGUAACGAUAAAUAUGAUAGCUACACCCUCUUCAGACUUUACCCCAAAGACGAGUUACAGUUGGAUGCCAUUAAACUGUUUGAGGACCCAAGUAACAGCAUUGAGGUGCUGAAGAAAAGCCGCGGUUUCAAUGAUAGCACAGACAUCCUAGUUCCCCCAGAGCGUUUGACUCUCGUCGAGAAAAUCGCUAAGGAAAACCACUUUAAUUACCAAGCGAAAAACAAUUACGGCAAGUCAUUCGAGUCUAUCGAAAGGGAGCCAAGAAGAAGAGUACUGCGCGCGUUCAACGUAUUCGAAUAUCAUUCGUAUGCAUCCAUUCAAGAAUUCAUCGAAUCCAUGGCAAGCAAGCAUCCAGAGUUAAUCAAGCUACAGCCUUUAGGCUUAAGUUACCAGGGGCGCAAAAUGAAACUUGUGAAAAUAUCACAAAACCAUAACGCCGGGAACCCUAUCAUAUUUAUUGAUGCAGGCAUCCACGCGCGCGAGUGGGUGGCUCCCGCGAUGGCGCUGUACCUCAUUCAGCGGCUGGUCAUGGACCCCGAGGCGAGGAAGUACGACCUGCGCGGCGUGGACUGGUACAUCCUGCCGGUCGUCAACCCUGACGGCUACGAGUACACGCGCUCGGGCAAAACUCACCGCAUGUGGAGGAAGACGCGAUCUAAAAGCGCGUUCGCUGACUGCUACGGCGUGGACGGUAACCGGAAUUACGGAUUCUAUUGGGCGGUCAGCGGCGUCUCGAAGAACCCCUGCGACACGGAGACGUACGCCGGCCACAAGCCGUUCUCAGAGCCGGAGACCCAAAUGGUGCGCGACGUGAUGCUGGCGAACGCCGACCGACUGAAGCUGUACGUGUCAUUGCAUGCGUACGGCCAGUACUUGGUGUACCCGUGGGGCUACACGGCGGACUACUUGCCCCAGCAGUGGAAGAAGCUCGACGAACUCGCUCGCAACGUCUCCGUGGCCGUCCAAAGGGCUGGAGGGCGUCCGUUCAGGGUCAUGAGCGCCGGCCAAUGGUACCCGGCCGCCGGCGGCAGCGAUGACUUCGCUUUCGGCGCGGUCCAUGUGCCCUACUCCUACACGAUGGAGCUGACAGACGGCUUCGAGUUCCUGUUUCCCGAAAGCCACUUGUCCACCGUGCUUCCGCAGUUCUACGAAGGUUUCAAAGUCUUCGGCUCGAGGAUCAGGAACGAGUUCUCGAAAAGACGCUGUGCGAGACACGAUGACGUAGUUGGGAAUGACGAUGACGUGGGUGACGUUGAAGGU